AUGGUCCGUAGCAAAGGGAAACCUGACCUGUUCAUAACAUUUACGUGCAAUCCCAGGUGGCCGGAGAUCACAGAAAACCUGGCGGCUCACAGCGUUGCAAAUGACAGGCCCGAACUGGUGGCCAGGGUGUUCAACAGGAAACUGCAGGAGCUGCUAAGUGACCUAACUGUUAAUCGUGUGUUUGGUAACGUCGGCGCUUACGUUUAUACCAUCGAGUUUCAAAAACGCGGUCUGCCCCAUGCGCACAUACUCGUAAUCCUGGCGGAGGAUUGUAAGUUCCGCACGGCGGCGGACGUCGAUGACGUGGUUUGCGCCUUCUUGCCUGACACGGCAACUGACAGGCGCUUACACGACUGCGUGAAGUCCCACAUACACGGUCCGUGUGGAACAGUCAACCCGCUGUGUCCGUGCAUGGUGAACAACAGUUGUUCGAAAGAUUUCUCGAAAGCGUACGUAGAGGAGACUGUGUACGUUAGGGAUGGCGGUUAUCCAAAGUACCUCCGACCGGACGACGGCCGAGUGGUACUUGUGAGAGGUCGUGAGGUCUGUAAUGAGUGUGUAGUGCCCUACAACCCUUACCUUCUGGUCAAGUACGAUGCGCACAUCAACGUCGAGAUCUUUACGUCAACUCGAGAUACGUCAGCCCGCCAGACGCCAUCUGACGAUUGUUUUCGAACAAUUUGCACGGCAAAAGUCACGUGGUCGUUAGGCUUCCUGUUCACCUGGAAGGUCGUCAGAACGUGUACUUUGCGCCGGGCCAAGAAGAAGAAAGGCUACAGAACCAAGUUGUACGUCACACGAAACUCGCGCAGUUCUUAA